AUGGCUGUAUUCGUUCACAGCAAGGGCGACAGAGGUGACGGCAGUGUAGAGGAGACAGGAGUCGAUGGCCAAGAAAAACUUGAGAAAAUCACAUGCAUGGAGCAGUUCCGGCAGAUCUCACCUCUGUACGGUCUUCCUCGUCCCAAACUGGAUUUGUUGCCUAUUGGCGUUGAACCGCUGGCCGGAGAGGAUGUCAGUAGUUGA